CGUGUUAUGGGCAUUGGGGGAUCUGACCCGCUAGCUUUCAAAGGCAGAAAUGUUGGAAUGCCAGGUGGCAGACCAGAAGUUACCCUUCCUCCGGAUGCUAGCAGUACAUUGUUUGUUGAGGGUUUGCCUGCGGAUUGUACAAGAAGAGAGGUGUCACAUAUAUUCCGCCCUUUUGUAGGUUACAAAGAAGUUAGGCUGGUACAAAAAGGAUCAAAACACGCUGGAGGUGAUCCGUUGAUUCUUUGCUUUGUGGAUUUCGCGAGUCCACUUCAUUCUGCUGCUGCAAUGGAUGCCUUACAAGGUUAUAAAUUCGACGAGCAUGACCGUGAUUCGGUCAGCUUAAGGCUGCAAUUUGCUCGCAAUCCUGGUGCUAGGUCAGGUGGUGGGAACCGUGGAAAACGUUGAAACUGUGCGUCUUUGCAGGACUUGCCCAAGUUUGGAGUUUAUGAUUCUUAGAGACGUUAUGCCAGCUUUGCAAGUUUCGUGUGAGGCGUGUUCUGUGGUCGGAUGCUUUCAUUAGGGACCAGCUUGAAAUUGCUGGGUUUUACUUUAUUCGGGGAGGAAGUGAUAGUUGCUAAACAGCGUUUGGCUUUUGUUUCAGACUCAAUUAUCUGCCUCGACUUUACUGGACCCCACAAUAUUAAAUUCCAUAUUUAGUGUGACGAGAGGUGAUUUUACUUGAAUCCUGUGUAGAGUAUGUUAUAAUGUAACAUAAUGUAAGUGGACCUGUUGCUUAACAAUUGAAGAGUUGCUUGUAUCAUGCCAUGAAUCGUUUGAAUUCCUUUUUAAAAUCGCUAAACAAUUUAUGAUUCAGUAGA